AUGGCCGAAAAAGAGAUCGGCCUCUCCUCGGGCGUGGAUACUGGUGUCGACAUCGAAAAAAGCAAGCAUGUCGACCCAACUAUGGAGAAGCACUCCCACGAUGCUGACGAGGCUAUGAAGGCCAUUGAAGAGCUAAAUGGCGAAACUAUCGAGCUUGAUGAGGCAACGAAUCGUCGCUUGCUGAGUGUUAUUGACUGGCACAUGAUGCCCAUUAUGUGCUUCAUUUAUGGAUUGAACUAUCUGGAUAAAACCACUCUCUCCUAUGCUAGCGUUAUGGGUAUCAAAGAAGAUCUGAAUCUCGAAGGAGAUCAGUAUCAAUGGCUUGGGAGUUUAUUUUAUUUUGGAUAUCUCGCAUGGGAGUACCCAACCAACCGUCUUCUUCAGCGCCUUCCACUAGGAAAAUACUCCGCGGCAUGUAUCUUGAUCUGGGGAACGAUUCUCUGCUGCUUUGCCGCUGUGAACAGCUACCCCGGUGCGAUCGCUAUCCGUUUCAUGCUCGGUGUAUUCGAAGCAGCAGUGACACCGGGCUUCGCUCUUUUGACUUCUCAGUGGUACACCAAAAACGAACAAGGAGCCCGUGUCAACAUUUGGUUUAGCUUUAACGGCGUAGGUCAGAUUCUCGGCGGCGUAGUAGCCUAUGGAAUCGCCGUCGGCACCGCAAAGCAUGGAUCAUCCAUCGAACCUUGGAAAAUCGUCUUUCUUGUUACCGGCCUGCUAACCGUUUGUCUUGGUCUCGUUUUCCUCUGGAUUGUACCGGAUAAUCAGCUCAAUGCGCGCUGGCUGAAAAAGGAAGAUCGCGUCCUGGCUAUUGCCCGUGUUCGCAUUAACCAGCAGGGCAUUGGAAACAAGCACUUCAAAAUGUAUCAGGUCAAGGAGGCACUCUUGGAUCCUAUGACUUGGGCCUUCUUUUUUUAUGCCAUUAUUGCAGAUAUUCCCAAUGGCGGUAUUACGAAUUUCUUUAGUCAACUGAUCAAAGGGUUCGGCUACAACGAGACACAAAGUCUGAUCCUGGGCGUACCAGGCGGCGCAGUCGAGGUUGUUGCAUUGCUACUCAACGGUUACAUUGGUCAUAUCACCCAGCAGCGUGUCCUGACAAGUUUGGGUGGACUCGUUGCUGCGAUCGUGGGAAUGCUACUUAUCGUGGCACUUCCUCUUGAAAAUCACGUCGGCCGCUUAAUUGGCUAUUACCUCACCCAAGCCAGCCCAACACCGUUUGUUGCAUUGCUGUCACUGAUUUCUUCUAAUGUGGCUGGAUACACGAAGAAGACAACUGUGGCGGCAUUGUAUUUAAUUGGAUAUUGUGCUGGAAAUAUUAUCGGCCCACAAACCUUCCGCCCGAAGGAUGCCCCCCGCUAUGUCCCCGCCGAAGUGACUAUCAUUGUCUGUUGGGGGGUGUGUUUGUUUUUGCUGGUUGGUGUAUGGACAUGGUACCGUCGGGAGAAUAAGAAGAAGAUCCUUUUUACUGCCCGGCCGGAGUGGCUUGAUUUGACAGACCGGGAGAAUCCCGAGUUUCUUUACUCGCUUUGA